AUGGCUUCCAAGCCAGUUAUCCAGGCUGCUGGUCGCAAUGCUCUCCGACAGUACUCUUCCAAGGCUCCUACCCUCAAGGAGACCUUCGCCGCCCAGAUACCAGAGAAGAUUGAGCAGGUCAAGAAGCUCCGAAAGGAGCAUGGACACAAGGUCCUUGGUGAGGUGACCCUCGACCAGGUCUAUGGUGGUGCCCGUGGCAUCAAGUCCCUCGUCUGGGAGGGAUCUAUUCUCGACUCUGAGGAGGGUAUUCGCUUCCGUGGAAAGACCAUCAGACGGAUGGAAAACGUGUCUGAAACACGGAGGUCUAACAAGCUGAUAGGCCUCUUCUGGCUGUUGCUUACCGGUGAGGUCCCAACCGAGCAACAAGUUCGCGACCUCUCUGCUGAGUGGGCUGCCCGUUCCGAUGUCCCCAAGUUCAUUGAGGAACUCAUCGACCGCUGCCCAUCUGACCUCCACCCAAUGGCCCAGUUCUCCCUCGCUGUCACCGCUCUUGAGCAUGAGUCUGCCUUUGCCAAGGCCUAUGCUAAGGGCAUGAACAAGAAGGACUACUGGCAGUACACCUUCGAGGACUCCAUGGACUUGAUUGCCAAGCUGCCCACCAUUGCUGCCCGUAUCUACCGCAACGUCUUCAAGGACGGAAAGGUCGCUCCCGUCCAAAAGGACAAGGAUUAUGGCUUCAACUUGGCCAACCAGCUUGGCUACGGUGACAACGCCGACUUCGUAGAGUUGAUGCGCCUUUACCUUACCAUCCACUCCGACCACGAGGGUGGUAACGUUAGUGCCCACACCACUCACUUGGUUGGAUCUGCCUUGAGCUCUCCCAUGCUCUCUCUUGCCGCCGGUCUUAACGGUCUCGCCGGUCCUCUCCACGGAUUGGCCAACCAGGAAGUCUUGAACUGGCUUCAAAAGAUGCAGAAGGCCAUUGGCAAUGACUUGAGCGACCAGGCCAUCAAGGACUACCUCUGGUCUACCCUUAACGCUGGCCAGGUCGUCCCCGGAUACGGCCACGCCGUUCUCCGCAAGACCGACCCCCGCUACGUGUCUCAGCGUGAAUUCGCCCUCCGUCACCUGCCUGAGGAUCCACUCUUCAAGCUCGUCAGCCAGGUUUACAAGAUCGCUCCUGGUGUCUUGACCGAACACGGAAAGACCAAGAACCCCUACCCCAACGUUGAUGCUCACUCUGGUGUUCUCCUCCAGUACUACGGCCUGACCGAGGCCAGCUACUACACCGUCCUCUUCGGUGUCUCUCGUGCCCUUGGUGUCCUUCCUCAGCUCAUCAUCGACCGCGCCCUCGGCUCCCCUAUCGAGCGUCCAAAGAGUUUCAGUACCGAAGGCUACGCCAAGCUCGUCGGCGCAAAGCUGUAA